UGGUCUCUUAGCCCUCACUUGAGUAUAUUAAAGCAAGGAUAGAAAGACACAUUGGGAAAAAGAUAAACAUGGCUGAGAAAUCGGAGAUCAGCUACAGGGACACAAGAUGGAGUCUCAAGGGCAUGACUGCUCUGGUCACCGGAGGAACAAGGGGCAUAGGACAUGCCAUAGUAGAAGAACUAGCAGGAUUUGGAGCCACGAUACACACUUGUUCUCGUAACCAAGAACAACUCGACCAGCGUAUAGAAGAAUGGAAAAACAAAGGUUUUAAAGUAACCGGAUCGAUAUGUGAUCUUCUGUACUGGGACCAAAGACAGAAACUAAUGGAAACUGUCUCUUCUCUCUUCCAAGGAAAGCUCAACAUUCUUGUAAAUAAUGCAGGUAUACUACUGCUAAAAAAUGUCACAGACAUUACCGCCCAAGAAUUAUCGACAAUAAUGGGUACGAAUUUUGAAUCUUCCUUCCAUCUCAGCCAACUUGCAUACCCACUAUUGAAAGCAUCUGGGAAUGGAAACAUUGUGUUUAAUUCAUCUGUUGCGGGUCUUAUGGCUUUGCCUUUUACUACAAUCUAUGCAGCAUCUAAAGGAGCAAUGAAUCAGCUCACAAGGAACUUGGCAUGUGAGUGGGCAAAGGACAAAAUUCGUGUUAAUACAGUUGCUCCGUGGAUUGUCAUUACCGAAAUUUAUGACUCUGCAAAAGAAGAUCCUAUAUAUAUGGAGAAGGUGAAACAAUUAAUUGCUGGAACUCCGAUUGGCCGGCCCGGACAACCGAAUGAGAUUUCAUCAGUGGUAGCGUUUCUAUGCCUCCCUGCUGCUUCUUAUAUGACUGGCCAAGUUAUUUGUGUCGACGGAGGAUUUACUGUCAGUGGUUUCCCACCGAAUCAGUAGCCCAAAAGUAUUUUCGUACUUAUUUCCUUUUUUAGCUGUACUUGUAACUAAUAAAUAUAUCUUAGAAUUUAUCAAUGCUGCUUUCUAUGCUUUAAUAAGGAGACUUUAAGACACCAUCUUGUGUUUGUCUUCAAUGGCUGAUAUUAUAUGUCAGUGUAAGAGAUAAAAAUAUGGUUGUUUACGUGAUGCAUAUUAAAUGGUUUUUAUUUAAUUUAA